AUUUAUUCUCAGAACGAGUUUACAUCUACUUUACAUUCUAACAGUAACUAUAGGAGUUAUUAUGCAGAGAUGUUUAAGAAACAAGUCGGGAAGUCUCUCGGUUCAGUCUCAAUCAGUGUUACCGGCUUUCUGCUAUCGAGAGUACGUGUUACCGCGGCAACUAGUAACUACUAUUAACUGUGACGGCAUACUACAGUGUUUGCUUUUCGUAUUUCGUAAUCGGAAAGUCGCACCUCCAUCUCAGUAUCAGAUUUAGUUCGCAUCGAUCUUCGAUGGAGUCAACGUGUGAGUGCAAAUGUGUAUAGUGAUUUUAAAUAAGCGAAAUGCUUAAAGGAUGUUUCGAAUGCUUGGAAUGUUUAGGAAAUUCAGCAGUAAGAGAUCGCUUCGAGGCUGACGGGGCGUAUGGUUCGCACAUAAAGGGCAACUCCCAGGUGAGCACAGCCCUACCGCCGUGGCCCGCUCCCUCCAGAGACAACGAGACCAUGUUCCUACUGCCCCGGGCCCUCCGAGAUGGAGACUCCAUCAAUGUCUCCGUCAAAACUAGAGGCAUUAGUGAGCGGAGACAGAUGUCUUUAAACUUAGUAACUGGAAGCAGCUACAUAGACUAUGACAACACAGCCUUCAAAUUAGACCUGGAUUUUACAGACAAUAUAACAGUUAGUACAAUACACAAUGGGAACAAUGAAACCAUUUCUACAAGUGAGGCUAUGAACUUUUCCUUAGAAUAUAUUACAUUUGGAAUAAACAUUGGAUCUGACAAUGUAGUUGAUAUUUACAUUGGAUCUACCUUCUUUGAACAACUCACUUUAAAACAUAGUUUAGAUCAAAUAAGAUAUUUGACUUUGGAAGGGGAUAUAAUCAAAGUUAACCAGCUAGAUUUUGUGUUUGCAUAAUUGGAUUACAUGUAGCAUGUAAGUUUUACUAUUUAUUACUAUUGUUUUACAGUAUUUUACUUGCUUUAUUGAAAAUUUACUUAUAUUUAAAAUUAAAUAUAUGACAUGAGCAUGAUUAUAUUAUGUAAUGAUAAUGAUUGAUUGGCUUACCAAUUUAUUUGUUAAGUAAAAAUAUAUAUUUUUUGGCUGUCCAUUUACCUUUCUAAAAUAAAUUUAUUAAAUUUUUAUCAAAAUCAAUAAGUUUAAUAAGUUUGUAGUUAGUUGUAUCAAAGUUAUUUAAUAUAAAAAGCCAUAGCAUAGUGAAACAUGACCUUAUAGCAAGACAAAAUGUGUUAACGGUAUUUUGAUGUGACCUUAAAGAGCCGUGUGGUUCUGUCAAGGCCGAGCCCACGGUAUUACGUCAUAGCUGAGCCUUGUUUUAUUUAGUGGAACGCGCUAACACACAAACAACGAUUCAUUGGCAUUACUUUGUUUCUAACUUCACUGAAAAAAUAAGCACUGUUUCAAUAUGAGUUACGAAAGACUCCUUUACUUUUUAAUGGCUACACACCACACACUGAAAUUGUAACAAUCCUUUUUUAGAUUUCAGUUGAGGGCAAUGAAUUAAGAUGAUAUUACUGGAGUUAAAAGAACUAAGUAUCUAUUUUUAUCGUGUGUAUACUGAUAUCAGUAUUAAAUUUGUAUUCUUCAUCCAUAAUAUAAUUUUUUACAUUACUACUUUAGAAUAGUCAUGUAUUUUGAUUGCUGCACGAAGGUCAGGCAUUGUUUCGGAGAGUAUUUUUCUAAGCUGUAGGUACUUUAGAAGGCAUUUAUACCAGUAGUUUAAUAAUGAUGUGUUGUAUUGUAUGUUGACUAUUACCACCUAUUGAAUUACGUAGCGAAAUAAAUAAGCUAUUAAAUUUCUAAAC